AUUGCAGAAUUCACUAUAAACAACAGUUUCAAUCGUUGUUUGAUCUGUGCACUCAUCAAUUCAUUCAGAUCCGUAUCACACACACACACACAGAGCUCCCAGUUUAAGUAAUCACUAUAAACCAUGGCUGAAACUCUUGCAAAUGAACUCCUCAAAGUCCUUGUUAAGAAGAUGACCGAUGAAGCCUUCAAGCGAGUUGCUCGUGCUCAUGGCAUUUACAACGAGCUCAAGGAGUUGAAGCAGACACUCUCCAGGAUCCAAGAUCUACUUCAAGAUGCCUCUCAGAAGGAGGUUACCCAUAAAUCUGUCAAAGAAUGGCUGAAUGCUCUCCAACAUUUGGCUUACGAUAUCGACGACGUACUCGACGACGUGGCGACUGAAGCUAUGCGUCGUGAGCUCACCCUGCAGCAGGAACCUGCAGCAUCCACCAGCAUGGUAAGAAAGCUCAUCCCAUCUUGCUGCACAAAUUUCUCACUAACUCAUAGGCUGUCUCCCAAGUUAGAUAGUAUUAACAGAGAGUUAGAAAAUCUAGAAAAACGAAAAACGGAUCUAGGUUUGCUUAAGAUUGAUGAAAAGCCAAAACACACCAGUAGAAGAAACGAAACCUCUUUGCCAGAUGGGUCUAGUGUUAUUGGAAGAGAAGUUGAGAAAGAGAGAUUGCUGAAGAAGUUGUUAGGGGAUGAUGGGUCAACUAAGGAAAAUUUUAGCAUUGUACCCAUAGUUGGUAUGGGUGGGGUAGGAAAAACCACUCUGGCUAGAAUUUUGUAUAACCAUACUAAGGUGCAGAGUCACUUUGAACUCCACGUAUGGAUUUGUGUUUCUGAUGAUUUUGAUGUCUUUAAGAUAAGCAAAACCAUGUUUCAAGAUGUUUCUAAUGAGAACAAGAAUUUUGAAAAUUUAAAUCAGCUUCAUAUGGCUCUUACAAAUCAGCUUAAAAACAAACGAUUUCUACUAGUACUCGAUGAUGUGUGGCAUGAAAACGAAAACGAUUGGGAAAACCUAGUGCGCCCAUUUCAUUCAUGUGCCCCUGGAAGUAGGAUAAUCAUGACAACUCGUAAGGAGGAACUGCUCAAAAACCUACAUUUUGGUCAUCUAGACUCCCUUAAGAGUUUGUCACAUGAAGAUGCUCUAUCUUUAUUUGCUCUACAUGCUUUAGGCGUAGAGAACUUCAAUUCACACACAACACUUAAACCAUAUGGUGAAGGCAUUGUGAAAAAGUGUGCUGGUUUGCCUUUGGCUUUGAAGGCAAUUGGAAGGCUAUUGGGGACGAGAACAAAUGUAGAAGACUGGGAAGACGUGUUGAACAGUGAGAUAUGGAAUUUAGAAAAUAGUGAUAAGAUUGUUCCAGCUCUUAGGCUUAGCUACCACGAUCUUUCUGCAGAUUUGAAGCAGCUGUUUGCAUACUGCUCCUUGUUCCCAAAGGACUAUUUGUUUGACAAGGAAGAGUUGGUAUUAUUGUGGAUGGCAGAAGGGUUUUUGAGCCCAUCAAAUGCAACCAAGUCACCGGAACGCUUGGGCCAUGACUAUUUUGAAAUAUUGUUAUCAAGGUCAUUUUUCCAACAUGCACCUAAUGAUGAAUCACUGUUUAUCAUGCAUGAUCAUGCUUGUUGCCGGAGAACUUUUUUUAAGGUUUGA